CAUGCUGUUUUUCUUAUCUUUUGUUUCAUUGAACAUCGUAUGCCAUUUAUUCUUCUCAUGAAUCGUCACCUCUUUUGAUUCUGUUGUUGGGGUGCAAGAGCUAAGUAAAAAUCUAACCUCUGUGUUUGAACAUUUGAAACCCUUAUUGGGGUUUUAUCACUUUCGCAAGAGCGACCCCUUGGUUUGUUCGGUUGGGGUUUUUCUGUUGCGUGAUUUUCCUGAUGAUGUGACUGAAUGUGUAUUCUAGGAUUUCAUUGUAAUUCAUAGGAUAGCAUUGAUUAUUCAAUCUGCUUGGAAUUCUAUAUAUUAUGCUAAGUCCCAAAUAAUGUCUUCCAGGAGUGCCUCACUAGUUACAAUUAAUUCUCUUUUGAGGCAGUUCUCAAAAUGUGAGAUUGCGGAUUCUGUCAAAGGCCUUAACACAUUUUGCACUGCUUCUGCUCAAAGGUGUGAUUUUCACUAUUCUGGUGGGGAUCAACAAAAUAGUGCUGGGUCUCAUCACCAAAGUGCAGGUCAGUCUUAUAGGAAUAGUCAUGCUUACCAAAAUGUAGCUCAAAGUAAUUUGGCUGCGCAUAAUGGAAGUGUCAAUGGGUACUACGGUCAAAGCAACGCGAAAGUGCCACAGGAUGUUGGGGUAGUGGAUAAUUCUAGGGGAUUUGGGAUGCAUCCAAAUGCUUUUGUCGAGAAACAUAAUGAUACACGAGAACCUGGGCAAAGGGUGCAACAUCCCAAUGCAUUUAGUUCACCUAGGCCUUUAGAGUACCAGGGAAAUAUUCAAGGGGACCUCACUCAGAACACGAGUCCUUCGUGGCAAUCACGGAAGCACUCGGGUUAUGGACAAUUUCAGCAGAGUCUAAUAGAUGGUCGGUAUCCUCCAAACUUGGAUGGUGUGCAGAGAUCAAUUGCUGGCUCUCAUCUAUCAAGUAAUGCAAAGCCUGAUGGCGAAUCAGUUGAGGCAUCUACUGAUAAUCCAUAUAGAGGUACACUUGAGGAGCUAGAUGGUUUCUGCAUGGAGGGAAAACUGAAGGAAGCAGUUGAAGUUUUGGAAUUGUUGGUUAAGCUUCAAAUUCAUGUGGAUUUGCCUCGAUAUUUGCGAUUGAUGCAUCAGUGUGCAGAAGCUAAAUCUCUUGAAGAGGCAAGGACUGUACACAGUCAUGCUUUGUCACAUCUGUCACCUCUAGAAGUUAGCACCUACAAUAAAAUACUGGAAAUGUAUUUUAAAUGCGGUUCUGUAGAUGACGCAAUCAAGGUGUUCGAUAAUAUGCCAGAGCGCAAUUUGACUACUUGGGAUACUAUGAUAACGCAACUUGCUAAGAAUGGGUUUGCAGAAGACUCAAUUGAUCUAUUCACUCAAUUUAAAAAAUUGGGACAACCUGAUGGUCAGAUGUUCAUUGCGGUUUUUGCUGUAUGCAGUAUGCUGGGAGAUCUUGAUGAGGGAAUGCUGCACUUUGAAUCCAUGAGCAAGGAUUAUGGAAUUGUACCAUCUAUGGCUCAUUUUGUCAGUGUAGUAGACAUGAUUGGUAGUAUUGGGCAUCUUGAUGAAGCCUUUGAAUUCAUUGAAAAGAUGCCAAUUGAACCAAGUGUUGAUGUAUGGAAGACUUUGAUGAAUUUUUGUAGAGUUCAUGGAAACACUGAGCUCGGCGAUCGUUGUGCUGAACUAGUUGAGCAGCUGGAUCCCACUCUCUUGAAUGAGGAGUCAAAGGUUGGCCUUUUACCGGUAGAACCUUCAGACUCGAUAAAAGAGAGAGAAAAGAAAUUAGCAAGUAAAAAUCUGCUAGAAGUUAGGAGCCGAGUCCAUGAAUAUCGAGCAGGAGAUACUUCUCAUCCUGAAAAUGACAAGAUUUAUGCUCUUCUUAGAGGUCUGAGGACACAAAUGAAAGAAGCUGGCUAUAUUCCAGAGGUAAAGUUUGUGCUGCAUGACAUUGACCAGGAAAGCAAAGAAGAUGCUCUUCUUGCUCACAGUGAGAGACUUGCUGUUGCUUAUGGUCUGAUUAGCAGUUCUGCUCGCUCUCCUAUUAGGGUGAUUAAGAAUCUCCGUGUUUGCGGUGAUUGCCAUACUGCACUGAAGAUUAUUUCUAAGAUUGUGGGAAGAGAGUUCAUCAUUCGAGAUGCUAAAAGGUUCCACCACUUUAAAGAUGGGCUAUGCUCCUGCCGGGAUUAUUGGUGAAUGUUACCAAAGGAAGCUUCAAAUGAUAGUUUCAAUAGAUUCUCUUAAUUCUUUUGAGACAGAGUUUGCUUUUUGGGAUCAUCAUAAUGCAGCUUUGUUAUGACAAGUUCACUAGAACGUACUGGCAAUUUUGGUGUGAGGAGCUUUUCCUACGCCCCUGGAUGUGUUAGUCUAAAUAAUCACAAUUGUUGAGAAUCAUGACUAUUAGGAAUAUUUAAAAUAUAUUUGACAUGCCUAAAAAAUAUUAUUUCCGCCUUCCAUAAAAUUUUUGUACUGCCUUUUUUUUACUAGUGACUGUUAAUUUUAUUUAAUAUGUUAAAUUUUUGCCCCCUC